GCUAAAUCGUGACGGUUCUUCACAAUCUACGAUAGAUCUCGUUCGUUCUUCGCUGUUUGCGUUCUAGUCGUCUUGUCGUGCGUCACGAAGCUCUUAGAGGAAAGAUGAAGCGAUGGCAGGUGUCAUGAGAACUAGAAGAGCGAGUGUUCUUGCGACGUUUCUAGGAUGUUUGCUGUUUCCUUGCGCUUAUACGCAAGAAGAUAAUGGAGAAUAUAAAGGGAAAUAUCUAGGAAAAUUGAAUCCAUAUCAUCAUCAAGUCUCCGGUGACGUCUGGGCUGUGGACCAGUACACCUUGUUGCUAACUUCUUUCAAUUACGAUGGCAAUGGAGCUGACACGUUUUUCUGGGCAGGAGGGUCCAACAGACCGGGGCCUCAAGGAUUUAUCGUUCCCGAUGAGUGGGGCAAGACGAAUAUCUUAUUGCGAUACUUCAACAAGGAUUUUACGUUGACUUUGCCUGAUAAUAAAAAAAUUACGGAUAUCAAAUGGUUUGCAGUGUAUGACCUAUCGAGUCAGAAUACUUUCGGUGAUGUGUACAUCCCAGAAGAAUUUGAUCCACCUGCACCUCAGAAGAUAUCGCAGUUGAGUAGAAGAUCUCAUAACGUCUCGUCAGAGUCCAUCGUAAUUUUAGACUCAAAAACCAUCAGCAUACCGCAGUUUAUCUACGAUGGACAAGGUGCGGACACGUAUUUUUGGGUCGGUCUUGGCCCACAACCGUCCAGCAAGGGCCAGAAAGUGCCCGAUGAAUACGGAUACAUGAAUCCUCUUAGAGCAUAUAAUAACGAAGACGUUACAUUGGAAUUGCCUGGCGAUAUGACUGUUUUCAACAUAGAUUGGCUAAGCGUCUUCGACUUGAAAACUAAAUCGAACUACGGUUCCGUCAUCAUACCGGAUGGACUCAAUGUACCGCCAUCGUUGAUCAAAGUCAUUAAGCAAACGCAGUCUCUUCCGAAUUGCGUUCAGCUGCACAAACGCUACCAAGUCGCCUGGGAGAUCUUUGGUCCACAAAUCACUAUCCAAUUGACAGGUCAGGUCGAUGAAGACGAGUACAUGGCAUUCGGUUUGUCGGGUUCGGAAGAUUCCAGCCGCAUGGAAGGUGCGGACAUAGCCGUCGCGUAUAUGGACGGCACCUGUGGAUACGCAACGGAUUAUAACAUUACAGCAAAAGCGCCAUGUGGGAAAGUUCUCGGCCAGUACAAAGGCGUUUGCAGAGACGAGCUUCUUGGCGGUUUGGACAGCAAUCAGCUGUACACCGCAGUGAGAGAAAAUGGUAUCAACACUAUCACGUACAGACGUACACUCAUUCCAUCCGAUCCCGGAGACAAGGAAUUCCCUACGGAUAAACCAGUCUAUGUAGUUUGGGCCUUGGGUAGACUCGAUAAAACCAACAACGAGCCCAGCUUUCAUGAUUUAUAUCCGACGAGUGAUGUAAUAUUAGAGUUGAAUCGCAAAGAGCCGGAGAACAGUUGCAUCGAUUUCACAGAGAGUAGCAAUAAGUUCUAUCAGAGAGAACCUUGGCAGAAGGCGGAGAUAUUCGACAGAAGCGUUAGAACCUUCAAAGCGACCAUUGGACCUUCCGGAGGCAAAAGAGGAUAUCAGGGGAUCACGGGUGCACCGUCGGUCGGUCUUGCAUGGUACAUCGAGGGUAUGUUAAUACCUGAAUUAUAUUUACGUCGAGGUUUGACCUACAGUUUUCGCGUUCACGGUGGCAAUAAUCCGCACAGUGCAGAGCUAUAUCAUCCGUUAAUAAUAACGGAUGAGUCUCACGGUGGAUAUGAUACGCUCAGCGAUCUCGCGCAAAGCAAGAUCAGAGUAUUGGCUGGUGUUGAACUGACUAGAAGAGGUCGACCACGACCCACCGCAGUCGGGCCACUUUGUUUAAGUAAACAUAACGGUCGAGACAGAAGACUGGACGACAAUUUCCCAUCGUUCAAAAAAUUCAAUCGGACCCUCGUGCAAACUUGUGAGCCAGGAGAAGGCGGCACAUUAGUAAUAAGUCCAAACUCAUCAUGGCCCGACCUGGUUUACUAUCACUCGUUCACACACGCAAAUAUGGGAUGGAAGAUUCAUGUAGUCGAUUCUUAUACGAGAAAUGGUGCGAUCAUACAUAAAUCGUCAUUCCUCAUUGCAAUCGUGACUGUGUUUUUCCGUCCACUAUAAAAUUAGAUAUAAAAUACAAAGAAAUAUAUGCUCCAUAUAUUUUCUUAAUCGUAAAAAUUCGUUACACUAUGUGCAUAUCUCGAUGACAAAAAUUAUAAAUCACUGUAUCGUUUUUUAUAUCGUUUGGAAUAUCGAGAAAUAUUAGCAUGACAGAUUCCUUUAAAUUAUGUAUGUUACAAAUUUUUAUUAUUUAGUAAUCAAAUCGUAACGAAUAAUUUCUCAUUGCAAUUAAGAAUAUAUUUUUUGCGUUUUCAAUUGCUAUGAAGUGUUUAAUUCUAU